AUCAAUAUUAUAAUAAUAUUUUGGACAAUAUUCACUUCAAAUGGAUCUAUGAUGAACAUAACGUAGGAUCUGGAUAUCAUACGUACAUAAAAUCAAUUCUAUAUUGGCACUGGAUUUUAAUUGGGAAAAAGGGAAAUUAUUUUGUACCUUGUCAGCUUUUGUUCUGUCUUGUAACAGGUUGAGGCAGUAAGGUUUAUAGACUUAUACACUUUUAUCUGUAUAUACCGUAGCGGAGUGGACAUGUCUCGAUCUACAAUACAUGCAUUACUAUUCACUGCAAUUAUUCUGUUUCACUCUGGAUUUUGCAUAGAGCUAAAAGAUUUACGAAUUCGAAGACAAGUUAUAGGCUCUUCAAAUGAUGAUUUAUCAGUUGGUGAUCUUGUGGAUCCCAUUGGAGACAUUGACAAUGAUAAAGAUGCACCAUUAGAUUCUCCAAGAUCUGAUGCUGGAGAGAAUGUACAGCCUCCCAAUGAUGAUGGAGAUAAUACUGGAGAGGGUGUACAGCCUCCCAAUGAUGAUGGAGAUAAUGCUGGAGAGGGUGUACAGCCUCCCAAUGAUGAUGGAGAUAACGCUGCAGAGAGUGUACAACCUCCCAAUGAUGAUGGAGAUAACGCUGGAGAGAGUGUACAGCCUCCCAAUGAUGAUGGAGAUAACGCUGGAGAGAGUGUACAACCUCCCAAUGAUGAUGGAGAUAACGCUGGAGAGAGUGUACAACCUCCCAAUGAUGAUGGAGAUAACGCUGGAGAGAGUGUACAACCUCCCAAUGAUAAUGGAGAUAACGCUGGAAAGGGUGUACAGCCUCCCAAUGAUAAUGGAGAUAAUACAGGAGCGAGUAUACAGCCUCCUAAUAAUGAUGGGGAUAAUACUGGAGAGAAUACACAGCUGCCCAAUGAUGAUGGAGAUAAUACUGGAGAGAAUGUACAGCCUCUCAAUGAUGAUGGAGAUAAUAAUGGAGAGAGUAUGCAGCCUCCCAAUGAUGGAAAUAAUGCAGGAGAGAAUGCACAACCUUCCAAUGAUGAUGAAGAUAAUACUGGAAAGAAUAUACAGCCGCCCAAUGAUGAUGGAGAUAAUACUGGAGAGAAUGUACAGCCUCUCAAUGAUGAUGGAGAUAAUACUGAAAAGAAUAUACAGCCGCCCAAUGAUGAUGGAGAUAAUACUGGAGAGAAUGUACAGCCUCUCAAUGAUGAUGGAAAUAAUAAUGGAGAGCGUAAGCCUGCCAAUGAUGGAAAUAAUGCAGGAGAGAAUGUACAACCUCCCAAUGAUGAUGUAGAUAAUGCUGGAGAGAGUGUACAGCCUCCGAAUGAUGAUAGAAAUAAUGAUGGAGAUGGUGUACAGCCUCCCAAUGUUGAUGGAGAAGGUGUGCAGCCUCCCAAUGAUAAUGUGAUAACUUCCAAUACCGAUCCGCAAAAUAUCAUUCCAUCAACAUCUCCCAAUGGUCUAGAUAUAGAGUCUACAGAAACAACUGGUUCUACUGUUAUUAAUGAAGAAAUCAUUGUUCCAGUUACUGAAGAGGAUGAAAAUUCGCAGAAUGAUAAGGUUAUAACUAUUAGAAGUACCAGUCAACCUUAUGAUGAUGGUGUCAAUGUUCCCACAGAGGUCCAAGAAAUUUUUUCGCCAACCAUGAUCAGACAGCUGAUGACACAACAAGCAACAGGUCGUAUGACAAGUCCACUUUAUUAUCAAUUGACCACCAGAGAUGGAAAAGUUCAGAAUAUCCCUUUGACUACAGUCUUUCCUAAUUCAAAACAACCACAAUAUGUAACUAACAUUCCAGAGUUGUAUACUGCCAAUGAUCUUGAAGAAAAUUCUAAUAUUUCUUCAGAGAGUCCUUUGAAUUCUCCAACAUUAUCAACUGAAGAUUCAAAUGCCUUAUUAACAAGUACAACAAAACUUGAAACUACCACAUCUAUCGCGGAAGAAAUUACAGAAUCAGCAACUACCACAAAUAUAAUUUAUACCACAGAGCAAACCAGUCAUUUUACAACACCUGAGCAAAUCUCAAUUGAAGAAACAACACAACCUGUCAAUUCAUUUGAAAUUACAACCAAAGCAACAACACCAUCACUCCAGACAACAUCUUCUGGCAUAAAUAAUGUUCCUGAAAUUAAGAUGCCAGGAGAAUCCACUAUUGAAAACACAGAAGUUGUAACCCACAACAGAAAGCGACCCUCUUUAGAUUUUACUGGAAGAGAAGGUGAGCCUAUUGAUGAUGAUACUUACAAAGAAGAACCUACAGCUGCUUCUGUUGUAUCAACUUCACUACCAGAAAUGUCAACUGUGAAUGGCACGGAGAAGAAAACAGACAAAGGUAUAUUGGAUACAAUAAAGAAAACUGCUCAGGAUGUUGUGAACAAAUAUGGAGCAUUUCAAGUUUCUCUCAUUAUGCUUGCUGUGAUCUUUGUAAUGUUCAUCUCAAUAUUCUGUUGUUGCAAGCUCUGUGGAAGAAGGGCGUAUAAAAUGCGACAGAGGAGGUUGAGGGAAUUUGGACAAGAAAAAGAAUUUUUACUAAGAGAUAGGAAAAAGAAUGAUCGUUAUUCUAAUGAUGCUGUUACUUUGUUGGAAGGCUCUUCUGAAGAUGAAUUUUGAUGACAAGCCUUUAUUAGGAAAAUUAUUGGUAUGGGCUGCCAUCGAUACUUGCUGGAAAAGAAAGCGUGAUCUGUUUGAUAUAAACAUAUAAAUAUUUUAGAACUAGAAAUAUUCCUAUAAUAUGACAAAAUAUUCAAAAGUUAUUAUUACUAUUGCAUAGAUAAAGUAGCUCUGAAUGGAGAUUUUAAAAUCAAGAAAUGAAUGAAAACAAGACAAACUCCAUGGUUAAGUAACUGGAACCUAUCAAGUUAAUUGAGUUUACUUCGUAUCACAGUUCUUUGUGUUUUGAAAUGGAUCUUGAGCAUCAAAAAUUAGCAUAUUUUGCUAAAUAGAUAUUGUUUUUCUACUUUUACCUGAGAGUUGCUCGGCCGAUACAUAUACAAUAUAAACUCAUAUGAUAUAUAUUCUAGAAAAUGUAGGUCGCUAUUUUUAUUUAUCUUAUAUGUUUGACCAUGCAUAUUACAAUAAUAGGCUCCAACGGUACAUUUGCACUUUUUUUGUGUCUGCGUUAUACCUAUUUCAUUUAUUAUGGUUCUGAAAACAAUGAUCAUGUUUCAAUCCUUGUUAUAAAUAUGUUCGCUAUCUGGCAAAAUUCAUAAUUCUCUGAGUGUUUCCUAACCAAGAUCAAACUUUAGUUCAGUAUUGAACUGUUAUGUGAUUUACACAGUUUUGAUGGUAUGAAUUUUUACAUGUACUUCAGCAAUAUUCUUAUUCUUUUUUGCCUAAUAGCAGCCUCAAUAAUUUUUUAUUGAGAUAUAACUCAUUAAUUACACCUGAUUUGAAUCGAGUACUUCAAUAUUGUUAAUCAUAAUUCAGUGAAGCAUUUGUCAUCAUUAAUUUACUGUGAAAUCCAAUGAAUUUUCUUCAAUUUUUUAUUAUUUCUGUAGCACUUUUUCUGUAACACAUAUUUUUGUAAUUUUCUUUGCCUAGUAUUUUUUCCGCCCUUGCAAUAUUGAUGAUUUUGAAAACAACCCAGCUGUAGCUAGUUCUGGGCUUCUGCAAUGUUGUGUAUAAAUUUUUUCAAAGCAAUGAAAUUUUCAUUGGUAUUGCCAAUUUCUCGACUGAGAACUAAAGUGAAAUAUACUGGUAAAUAUCCUGUUGUGUCUACCAGGUUUCUUCCAGAUGAACCGGUGUGCGCAUUGACAACUGCUGAUCAUUGAGACCCAUUCAACUUCUAAUUACAGUUUAAGUGAUGCACUGGAAAAUAUUUCUGUUAAAAAAUUAAUUCUUUGAAAAAUGUAAAUUAUAUGUAUGUACCGUAGUUCUCGAAUAUUUUGGUUAAAGCAUUGCGAAAUCAGUUAUAGCAGAACUAUGUAUGUAUAUUUGUCACCACUUCGGAGUGAUUGUUUUUUCUCCUGCAACGCCCUGAAGAACAACAGUAGUUACUAUUUAAAAUGUUAUUUGCUUAGUUAUAAUAUCAAAUACCAAGUGCCAUAUAAAGUAUUUGCUUCCUUAUGUUACAUAUGCUUUAAUAGAUGUGUCUACUAAUUUCUUAUUCUUGAGAGUAUUGAAUAGAUAUUUUCUGUAAUUGUCUUAUCUCAUGUCUGGCCCUGGUGGUGCCAGAACUGUAAGUUAUAUCUGGAUUUUAAUCAUUUACCUGUUCCUGACAAUACUUUUCUCUUUUCUAAAGCUACCUUAGUGGGAAUGUCAUGGGCCCCAUUGACCAUUUUUCUCAUGCAAUUAUAAUAUGUAUAUUUGCGACUGGGUAGGGCCUUGAUUAAGUCUUAUCAUCAAACAGGCUUACCAACCUUGUCCCUCUAAUUUUUGUGAAAAUGUUAUAUUUGUGUUGAAAGACUUGCAUUUUUCAAUACCAUUAAAUUUUUAAUAUUGAGUUUACAGAAGGACAUAUAAUCCUUAUUCGCUUCGAAAAAAAUGGGGUUAUUCUAUUUCAUCCAUGACAAUUAUUUGUCGGAAUGUUGCAAUUCGUCAUAUUUGAUGACUAUUUCACACGGACCAAAGUCUCUGAGAUUUUUCCAAUAUGGUUCGAUUUUAAAUUUGUAACUGCGGUUUAACAUAUUGUAUUAAAUUUAAUUUGUAGUAGACUGUUUGUACUCUUUCAAAUGUACUGGGAAAAUGAUCUGCAAUUUCAAGUAUUGUAUUAAAUUUACCCCAAUAUAUAUCUUGAAGUACUAAUGCCAUGGCUAGUAAAGUAACGAGUAUUUGUCAUGUUUAGAGUCUGAAAUGAAAUAGUUGGGACUUGGGAGUGUAAAUUAGAUAUGAAAUACAUUGAAUUUUGUUGUCAGAAUCCGAUUCACUGGAACCAGC